GGGGACGGGGCUGUUCCCGGGGAGGCUGUGAUGGGUUGACAGGUGCGUGACAGUGGGAGCUGCUCUCGGCACAAGCAUGUACGGCAAAGGCAAGAGUAACAGCAGCGCCGUCCCGUCCGACAGCCAGGCCCGGGAGAAGUUAGCGCUCUACGUAUAUGAAUAUCUGCUCCAUGUAGGAGCUCAGAAAUCGGCCCAAACAUUUUUAUCAGAGAUAAGAUGGGAAAAAAACAUCACAUUGGGGGAGCCGCCAGGAUUCUUACAUUCUUGGUGGUGUGUAUUUUGGGAUCUCUACUGUGCAGCUCCAGAGAGACGGGAAACAUGUGAACACUCCAGCGAAGCAAAAGCCUUCCAUGAUUAUAGUGCUGCAGCAGCUCCCAGCCCCGUGCUAGGAAACAUGCCCCCAGGAGAUGGCAUGCCAGUAGGUCCUGUGCCACCAGGGUUCUUUCAGCCUUUUAUGUCCCCUCGGUACCCUGGAGGCCCAAGACCCCCACUGAGGAUACCUAAUCAGGCACUUGGCGGUGUCCCGGGAAGUCAGCCGUUACUCCCCAGUGGAAUGGACCCGACCCGACAACAAGGACAUCCAAAUAUGGGUGGACCAAUGCAGAGAAUGACUCCCCCGAGAGGAAUGGUGCCCUUAGGACCGCAGUCUGACCCUUGGUUAUCAUUACAGAACUAUGGAGGUGCAAUGAGACCCCCACUGAAUGCUUUAGGUGGCCCUGGAAUGCCUGCAAUGAACAUGGGUCCAGGUGGUGGUAGACCUUGGCCAAACCCAACAAAUGCCAAUUCAAUACCGUACUCCUCAGCGUCUCCUGGGAAUUAUGUAGGUCCUCCAGGAGGUGGAGGGCCACCAGGAACGCCCAUCAUGCCUAGUCCAGCAGAUUCAACCAAUUCUGGAGACAACAUGUAUACUUUAAUGAAUGCAGUACCUCCUGGGCCUAACAGACCUAAUUUUCCAAUGGGCCCUGGGUCCGAUGGUCCCAUGGGUGGACUAGGAGGGAUGGAGUCCCACCACAUGAAUGGUUCUUUAGGCUCAGGAGAUAUGGACAGUAUUUCCAAGAAUUCUCCCAAUAAUAUGAGUCUGAGUAACCAGCCGGGCACCCCAAGAGACGACGGUGAAAUGGGGGGAAAUUUCUUAAACCCUUUUCAGAGUGAGAGUUACUCCCCCAGCAUGACCAUGAGUGUGUGAUCCAUUACCAAGUCUCCUCAUGAAAAGCAUCGUGAGUCAGCCCUUCACAGAACUACUACGGAAGAAAACUGCUCAUCAGUGUACGGUUAAAGGAAUCCCAGUCAACCAAACCAACCUUUUAGCUCCUGCUCUCCCCAUUUUGUGAAGAAAGCGGGUCCAAAUGUGAUUCAAACAACUGUACGGAGUGGCACAUUAGAAUUGCCCUAAACUGAACUGCAAAUAAUCAUCUGUGUAUGUAUAUGUGUGGGAAAGAGAAUGUAUCGUAUAUGCAGAUCUAUAUGCACAUAUACGCAUACAUGCAUUGACCCACAGGACAUUGUAAGAUAUUAUCACAUGACAUCUUAGUAGAAGUAAGUAGGGACUUUUAUUCCAUCCUUUUUUUCACGUUUACAUUUUAAUUAUUAAAGGUUGCUCCUGCCCCUCCCUGAACUAUUUUGUGCUGUGUAUAUCACUGCUUUAUAUAAGUUAUUUUUUAAGGUGAACUCAGAUGUUAUGGUUUUGUAAAUGUCUGCAAUCAUGGAUAGGAAUAAAAUCGCUUAUUUGAGAGCUUUCA